AACUUUCGCUCUUUCCAGCUUCAACGAGUUACAUAAGCGCCGUCCAGGUCCAUCCAAUGAUGCAUUAGAUUCUAACUUCUUAGAUAUUGCUAGGCACUUAGAGGAGGGUCUUUUUCAAAUGGCAAACACAAGGGAUGACUACCUUAACCAGUCGACCCUUGUUUCUCGCUUGGCAACCUUAAUGACACGCAGAAUAAUGAAUAAUCAGCAAAAUGCUAAUUCAUCUCCGCCUGGAACAAUGACUACACUCGCUCCUGAAGUUUCUCCAAUGCAGGUGGGAGUAAAGGUUCCUGAGAGCGAAGAUGAGUUGGAGACAGAGAUCGCAGAGAGUCUGAAGUCCAUGAGCCUCUACAGCUGAACAUGAUCCGGAGUUUUUUUAUUACUUCUGUUACAAGCAAUAAGAUCAUCAUAUAAGUUACUGCACUGUGACUAUAUUGAAUGCUGCUUGUAUAUACAUACCAAUGAUAAACCGGGUUUUGAUUUGUUCU